AUGCAUCAAGGAAGUUCGGAAUAUAGUAUACCCCCAGGAUUUCCUCCGUGCCGAACUCGAAAUCUUCGGAAACGCACUCUACUCCAUGUUUCAAGGACGAUGAACGCAGACUUUGAAUCGACCGACAUCAUCGCUUUUUCCGUCCCGAACGCUGCAGACUUUGACCACAACAAGUCAGGUUGCACGCUAUUUUGGACGCUUUCCUGGUGGCAACAAUCAUUGCAGAUACCGCCUCGCUGGCUCGCAUGUGAUCUGCCAUCAGCUGGAAGUGGAGACCAAAGAAAUGAGGCGAUCGACUUUGGCGUGUCUGCUUACGAAAGCGUAUGGCCUCAGAUGUAUGGUUACCGGUUGAACUCCGCGAAUAACAACGUUCGCACAUGCACGACUACAAGCACCCACGUUGUUUCUGCGAUCUAUGAUAGCAACCUCUCUGGCAUAAUGCAGUGUUGA